GUUCUCGACAGAAGAGGAUCUUCUUUUAAAGCACGAAAAAAAAUCGCUUCCGUAUACUUACAAAAAAUUUCUCAAGUGUAUAUUAAACUACAAAAAUUAAUAAAUUAGUGUAAAAGUGUAAUAUUCGAGACUUGAUAAACUGUGCAAUAUAAACUCAAAAAGUGACUCCAAAUUUGGAGUAGUGAUUCUAAAUUGUUAUAAAGUGAAGAUAGACAAUGAAUCUUUCAAGACAUUUCCUCAUUUUUCUGACUUUACGCUUCGUAAGUGUAACACUCAGCGAAAAGACCAGUGGCUUUUAUAUUGACAAUGGACAUGACCAGACUGCCCUGCAUGAAGUUUUAUCUCAAAAACAGAAAUUUGAACUGGAGGAAGAAAUGCUGAGCCUCCUGGAUAUUCCAGAAAAACCCCAACACGUAAGUCGAAAUUUAGAUCUAGUGAAGAGAUCAGCACCCAUGUUCCUGAUAGAUGUAUACAACUUCAGGGAUGAUGCUGAUGCUGAGGAUGAAGCUCUAGAAGUGUCAACAUUGAAUGACACGAAUCUAAGCGUUUUUGACAUAAGAGGUCAGAAUGUGCAAAAUAUAAAAGACAGUAACUUCAUCAUGUCUCUGGGUGCUCAGAGCAGUAAAUUCCCAGGUGUUGUGAAAACCGAAAAAGUGAAAAGACUAUGGUUCAACGUUUCACACGUUUCUAGUGAGGAUGAAAUUCUGAGAGCAGAACUGAGACUCUUUCGCAGCAUAGAAAAUGUUUCAGUCAGACGAAAUCAAGGACCAAUAACAAUUAUAGUUUAUCGAGUUGCAAGUGCGAGAAAUGAGGAUGGAGACCGCGAAUUUGUUUUUGUAGAUUCUAUCAACACGACAGAAAUUAAUGGAUGGGUAAUUUUGAACAUCACUGAAUCUCUUCAUCAUUGGGUUUAUAGUUCCGAACCAAAUAGAGGUCUUUAUUUAUCUGCGUUUUCUAAUGAUCGUCCAGAUCACGAAAUAAGACCAGAAAACGUUGGAAUCGUAGGAUUUGGAGAUGAUCCAGCAAAACAGCCCUUUAUGGUAGGAUACCUUAAACGAACUGAACUGAGGAGAAAAAGAAGAAUUGAGUUAUCUUACGCAGAUUCGUACAGUUUUUUUGAAGAUCUGAGAUUUCAAAGAAAACCAACGCCAUGCCAGAGGGAAAAUCUAUAUGUGAAUUUUGCAGAUUUAAACUGGCAGGAUAUUAUUAUCGCACCGAAGGGAUAUGAUGCAUAUUUUUGUUAUGGGGAGUGUAAUUUUCCUUUCCAAAAUGAAAUACGUGCCACAAAUCAUGCAGUCAUUCAGGGUUUAGUCAACCUGCGGAAUUCUUCGAUUCCGAAACCUUGUUGUGCCCCCAUUGAAAUGAAGAAAAUUAAGCUCAUUUACCAACUGGAUGAAGACUCGUAUGCUUAUAGAGAUAAAGACAAUAUGGUGGUUGGCAGCUGCGGAUGUCAAUAAAUACAAUUAGGGCGAAGAGAAAAAAAUCUUUUUUUGAGGUAUGUGGAAUGGUUUUGAUAUCCUACCAGGAUAACCCGUUUUAUGUGUACAGUUUUGAGAAAAUAAUAAUUUAUUGCACUCUAUAUUAACUAAUUAAUUUAAAAAAAUUUUUUACGGUUUUUAAUUUACAAUGCCUUUGUUUCGAAAUAUCUAAUUGUGUACUGACAAAUUUGCAUAUUAAAAAUUGAAAAGAAAACAAUCCGAAAAAUGGACAGUUAUCACACAACCACUUGCCAAAUGUAUCAUUUUUGAAUGUAUUUUAAUAUACCAAGUUAACUAUAUUAUUGAAAUGUUAUUUUACUAAAAAAACGUAUAUAGCUAGGCUUGCUUAGAUGCCUCAUAUUUUGUAAAUCAGUGCUAUUGAAACAAAAUAUUAGACAACAAAAUCUAACAAAAAGUUUUUGA